CAGAAAUCGGGAGAACGGAAGAGAGAAGGGAGGAAAGGGGCUGUCUGCCGGCGCCACUGGGUUCUGCCGCCACCGCCGAGAGCUACACGUGGGGAGCCGUUCUGCCGCCGCGCCCUGCCCAGUUGAGGCCGCCGCUGCUGUUCGCGAGGUCGCCUCCGUCACAGAUCGGAACUGAGGCGAGAGAGGAAGAGUCUGACGGGAGGGCAUGCGCGUGAGAAGGGAGGAAGGCUUCGCGAAGAGCGUCGCGCCGCCGCCGCUACCCGUGCCUUCGCCAUCGCCAUUCCAUCUCAACCUGGCGUCGCCGUCGUGCCCUGGCGCCAGUAAUGGAGGACGCCACUGUCGUCUGAGAAGAACCCGACGCGAGAGAGAGGGGGAAGCCACCCGCGACGCCGCCGGAGCUUCCAUUACCGUCAGAAGCUGCCGCCGUCCAGCCAGCUGCUGCGGUGGUCGUCGCCUGUUGUGAAUGGCUGCCGGAGAAGUGGUUGUGGCUGCCGGAGCCACACCGGAGCUUCUGGCCGUUUCUGCCACUUUAGACUCCGCUGCCGUCGCCGGAAAAUGCCUCUGCCGCCGUCGAGAUCCAAUGCCGGUAAGGGUUUUAUUUGGGAUUUCUGUCCUUUUUGAAUUCCGAGGUUACUAUGGUCACUGCCUGUUGGUUUCAGUCAUCGUGAUUGGAAUUUGUCGCCGCUGCCGCUUGGGGUGGCUACCGGGCUGCCGCCAAGCCGGUUCGGAGACCGCCGCUGUGUCGGUUCAGCCGUUCCUCCUUCGGUUUGAGUUGUUGAGACUGUUGCGAAAGUGGCUUGGAACCGAGGUUUUGGCUGCCGGAAUUUCGAUUGUUGAUCUCAGGCUGAGGCGGAAAGGAUUCUGUGACGCGUUUGGAUUAUGGAUUUGUGUUUUGAGGUAGGGGCGCUUUCCAAAAACUAUGUUUUAUGUAUUGGAAUUAUUACAUAUGGAUACUGAUAUGAGACAAUUGGUAUUUGGUAAUUGUAUCUGCCUUGUGUGUUAUUUGAUUGUCUCGAAUGGUUAAGGAUGCUUGUUUGGCUGAAUUGUUGUGCGGCUUGUGAAAUAUAAUGUUUUGAUGUUAAUUCUUUAAAGAUUUGAAAUCUGAGUU